AUGGAGGUUGAAAGAGUCCAAUGCUUGGCCUCUGGGCUGUUGCAGGAUCUUCCAUCCCAGUUCAUCAGGCCGGCCGAUGAACGGCCGCAGAAUACCAAAGCCCUGGAGGGCGUCACGGUGCCGGUCAUCUCUCUGUCCCUCCCUCACGACCUUCUGGUCAAGCAAAUCGCUGAAGCUGCCUCCAAGUGGGGAUUCUUCCUCGUCACCGAUCACGGAAUACCGCCGACUUUGAUCCGCCGGUUACAAGAAGUGGGCCAGAAGUUCUUCGCUCUUCCUCAGAAAGAGAAAGAGUCAUACGCAAAUGACCCCUCCACAGGGAGCUUCGAAGGCUACGGCACCAAGAUGACGAAGAAUCUAGAGGAGAAGGUUGAGUGGAUUGACUAUUACUUCCACAUGAUGGCUCCUCCUUCCAAGGUCAAUUAUGAUAUGUGGCCCAAGAACCCUCCUUCUUACAGGGAAGUGACGGAAGAGUACAAUAAGGAAUUGCUGGGUUUAACAGACAAGUUGCUGGAGCUUCUGUCAGAAGGGCUAGGGUUGGAGAAGAAGACAUUGAAAAGCAGCUUGGGGGAUGAAAAGAUUGAAAUGGAAAUGAAAAUAAAUAUGUAUCCGCCAUGUCCGCAACCAGAGCUUGCUUUAGGCGUUGAGCCUCACACCGACAUGUCAGCACUCACCCUGCUCGUCCCCAACGACGUUCCCGGCCUCCAGGUUUGGAGCCAACACCACUGGAUCGCUGUCGAUUACCUGCAAGACGCCCUCUUCGUCCAUGUCGGCGAUCAGCUCGAGGUGCUGAGCAAUGGCAAGUACAAGGGUGUUCUGCACAGGAGCUUGGUGAACAAGGAAAGGAUGAGGAUGUCGUGGGCGGUGUUCGUGGCGCCGCCGCAUGAGGCGGUGAUCGGACCUCUUCCGGCACUGGUGAACCAAGAAAACCCACCCAAAUUUUCAACCAAAACUUAUGCUGAGUUCCGAUACCGCAAAUUCAAUAAGCUCCCUCAAUGAGAAUUAUUUCAA